GGACGUUGAAGGGGAGAUCAGGGUCAACGACGACAACGCUGGAUGGAUUGAUGCAUUAAACACGUCUACGGGUUAGAUAUACAAAUCAUCACCCAUCCCUACUUCCUUCACCACCUUCAAAAUGCCCCGCGCAAUCCGAGGUGUCCUCGUCGAAUGCGACCCCAGCAUCAAAGCCAUAAUCGUCAAACUCGACAGCGAGCGCAACGACUUCAUCGUCGAGGAGCUAGAUGACCAGACGCUCGUUAUCAACGAGGCUAAGUUGGGGACGCUGAAGAUGAUGCUUGAAGAUAAACUUAAGGAGACGCAGCAGCCGGCGGAUGAGUCGGGGUCGGAUUAGAGGGGUGUGUGAGAGGGAUGAUGCGGAGGAGUUGGGUGGAGAUUUGAUGGGAUGGAAAAUAAAUGCAGAACUGCUACGACGACGAUUUGGAGAUUGGAGAUAGGGAGUUUCAUGGACACGACAUAGAUUCGUUGUGAAAUUCCGAAGAGGACGAACAGACAGAAGAAACACGGCCUUUGGCCUGUAACAAUUAAACAGCCUAGAAUGGAUAUAAAUUCCUCCC